GAUGUGUAUAUAUGAAGUGCUCCUACACUAACCCGGUAAGACAGUAUUUAUAUGGGACCUAUAGCUACAGAGUGAUAACUUGUUGAUAGACUUUAGUCAUACUUCAUCGUAAGGACACAGAAUGUCGUGUUUCGUUGGCGCAUAUAAAGAGUGCAUAAAGAAGACGAUCCGCAGCUGUUUUAUCGCAGAAAAAUGCCAAUACCAGAAGGAAAUGUGUGUUCAACUGGAAGGACUGUAUUGAGUUUAAAAUGGCCUUUAUUUGACGCUGAUAUACCACGAAAUACAACGGAGGAGCUUGAGGAUGAAACAAUUACAAAACCGGAUAUAAACAUUACCACAGACACGAGCAAGUGUCUUGGACCCUUAAGAUUAUCUCGCACUAUGGGAAUUUGUAAACCUCGAAAAAAGAACAGGAUUGAAGAAAAAAAGUUACCACUUUCUAAAAGAUCACCUUCAAAGUGCAUGUUCGUUCCGUGGUUAUUUUUUUCAAUGUUUUUCGCAGUCCUCUCUAUAUCUACUGCAGCGGAGCCUUUUACAAACUGCACAUUUGAAAACACUGUCUGCAUUAAUCGUGAAGAUAUGAGGCACUUAUCAAAUGGUGGAGUUAUAAUAAGGGACACGGGACAAAUGAGAAUGCGCAUCCUAAUGGAACAUGGACGUCUAGUAUUUAAUAUGACCCUACGUAAUGAUCAAAGAUCAGCGAACAGCUUCAGUGAUGGCGGAAACAACGAACCAAACGAAAACGAAACAUCAGAUGUGUCAGAGGCCACCCAAGUGUCACACUCUAACACCAUGAACAAUCCUACAACUGUCCCCGCUCCGGAUAGCCUUGCUGUUAGUGAACAGAUACACAACAGGUCUGUUAUUAACGGUAACAUCAAUGAAGUUGGACCUGAAGAUUAUCUGCAGGACGAACAGAGAGGGGAUGAAACGGAAGGCAGUUUGGUACCUAUUCAUGAGCUGGCCAUUUCCAACCGACCAUUUUCCUUCCAAAAUCAACAUCUGGUUAACGGUCCUGCAUUGAACUAUAAUGUUACAGAAUCUUCUGAAGAGUGUCAGCGAAAUUUCUCUUCAAAUGUUCACGGUGAAUUAGUCAUCAGCGGGAAGCGUCUUGCUGACACUGACCAUACUCAAUCCGCAACACUGGACACCUGUCCUGGUGUUUCUGAGGAGGAAUACCACCGAAGACCAUCAGACAGCAGCAUGGUUCCCCACCACCAGAUGUUGAUAUCUGGACGUCGCGAAUCUCGCGAGUUACAGGUUCAGGACAAUAACCGAAGUUAUUUGGACAACGAUGAAUUGUCCAUUGACGACAAAUUAAAUAUACUUGGUAUACAAUCUGGACGCAGUGAGUCGCAAAACAUGGAGUGGCAUGACAUGAACCAACAUCAUCAUCGAAUGCUGAUAUCUGGUCGACGCGAGUCUUGUGCGUUACAGGUACAAGAUAUCUACCAACGGUAUGUGGACAACGCUGAAUUGUCCAUUCAAGACCCUUCGAACACUCGUUGUAUACCAUCAGGACGCAGUAAGUCGCAUGACAUGGAUCAGCACGAUCGAAUGUUGGUAUCUGGACGCCGUGAAUCUCAUGCGAUACAUGUACAAGACUACAAUCAACAUUAUAUGGAUGAUGAAUUGCCCAUUGAAGAUACAUCAAACAGCCGGGGAAUAUUAGUAAUCACAGGGCAGAGCUCUCCCGAUGAUGAGCGUGAAUGUGAUGCGGGAGCUGGUCCUUUAAUAGGAGACCAAACUCGUACAGCGGUCAGUUUGUACCAUCCCACAGAUGAAAGCAAUGAAGGAUUCAAUGGUCAGCAUGGUGAGUUGGUCGUGACUGACCGUUACCGUCAGCCGGUUACAAUUACUGAUACACACCAACUUCUGGUAACGAAUCGUUCUCCAGGAAUGGAUCCGUACUGUCCUGCCAAUCGAGCAACAACAUUGGCAGAGAUAGCCGUGAGUGGUCAAAGUCAGUCUCCAAACCCCAUGAUAUCGGUCGUAUACCGGAAUCCUCUUUUACGAGACAACUCUAACGCGCCCAUUGCCCGCCACGAAAAUGGAAGCGAUAUCGGUGGUGUUGACAUGGAUUAAUUGUAAUGGUGGUAAAGUCUAUAUAGUGUAGCUGUUAUAUUGUAAAUAUUGUAAAUAUUGACAUAUUGCUUUAUAGGAUAGUGGAGAUCGCGGAAAUCAAAUCAUGUUAUAUUUAAUAGAAUAUAUAAUACUUCUGUAAUCUUUAUAGUAUUAUCGUUAUCGUUAGCAAAGUUACAAGUUUAAAAAUUGAUUUCAGAGUCAUAUAUCUCGAGUUCGUGAGAUAUCAUUAACUUUCUAACUGAAAACUCUACAAUGUUUAAAUCAUGUCAUUAACUAGCUGCUGCUGCUGCUGAAUGAUGAUGAUAAUAGUAUAACUCCUAACCUUGAUACUGUUGAAUGAUAUGCGAGUUGUUGCAAUUAUCUUUUGUUUUUGAUACAAUUGAAACAAUAAUUUCAUUAUCAUUAUAUUGACAGUGUCAAGUCUGUGUUUUUAUAUAUGGUAACAGGAGAUGGAAUCCGGAUUGUGUAUAUACGCUGAAAAAUAUUUAUAUAACAUAUCCUUUUACAGGAGUAAAAUGACGCGUGUAUGUAUAAUUAGCUACAAACUACUGGUUUACAAAGUAAAUUUUGUAUUCAAUAUUACAGCUAACAAACAAACACUAAUCAAGUUCACAUUGUAACAAUAAGCAAUAAAGAAUUAAGUUCAUAUAUACUUACAACUAUUAUUCAUU